GGCUUCUCUCUGAGCUUCCCUGACCCAGCUGGACCGCAGCUCCCACCCCCAGGUCCAGAAGCUGGUGUCUCAGUACGUCCUGGGGGGCAACACCAAGUGUCUCAGACAGCCCAUCCCGGAGCCAACGGGCCGGACCUGCGUGCCCCUGGAGGGGUACUGGGUGUCCCAGGGGGAGAUGGAGCCCUCCCUGGACCCCACCUACAUCCUCACCGACUCCGUCAAACUCAACCUGCGGGACCUGGUCAGAGUGGUGUCUGCUGGGAGUCACCCGGUCCUGAUCCAGGGGGAGACCUCGGUGGGUAAGACCAGCCUGAUCCGCUGGCUGGGCCUUGCCACGGGGAACCAGUGCGUCCGCAUCAACAACCACGAGCACACGGACAUCCAGGAGUACAUCGGCUGCUACUCUUCCGACGACAAGGGGAAGCUGCUCUUCAAAGAGGGCGUUCUGAUCGACGCCAUGAGGAAGGGCUACUGGAUCAUCCUGGACGAGCUGAACCUGGCCCCCACCGACGUGCUGGAGGCCCUCAACCGCCUGCUGGACGACAACCGCGAGCUCUUCGUGGCGGAGACGCAGGAGGUCAUCAAGGCCCACCCCCGCUUCAUGCUCUUCGCUACCCAGAAUCCCCCGGGGCUCUACGGCGGCAGGAAGGUUCUGUCCCGGGCCUUCCGCAACCGAUUUGUGGAGCUCCACUUUGACGAGUUGCCUAGCAACGAGCUGGAGAUCAUCCUCCACCAGAGAUGCAGCCUGCCUCCGUCCUACUGCUCCAAGCUGGUGAAGGUCAUGCAGGACCUCCAGUCUCUGCGUCGCGGCUCCUCGGUGUUCGCUGGGAAGCACGGCUUCAUCACGCUGAGGGACCUGUUCCGCUGGGCCGACCGCUAUAGGCUGGAGGAGCAGACUGACGAGUCGCGCGAUUGGCUGCAGCAUUUGGCCGACGAUGGCUUCAUGCUGCUGGCUGGCCGUGUAAGGAAGCCCGAAGAGGAAGCCACCAUCCUGUCCAUCCUGGAGAAGCACUUCAAGAGGACCGUCAACCCAGACACCCUGUUCUCCCAGAAGCAGGUCACCGGACAGUUCAGUCCGUUCAUCGACAGCAUCGCGGGGGUCCCGGAGGAGUUCCGCCACGUGGUGUGGACGGCGGGCAUGCGGCGGCUGGCCGUGCUGGUGGGCCGCGCCCUGCACUUCGGGGAGUCGGUCCUGCUGGUGGGGGACACCGGAUGUGGUAAGACCACCAUCUGCCAGCUGUUCGCUGCGCUCGCGGCCCAAAAGUUCUUCUCCCUCAACUGUCACCUCCACAUGGAGACGUCCGACUUCCUGGGGGGGCUACGGCCCGUGAGACACACCAACCAGAGGGAUGCGGAGGACGGCCGUCUGUUCGAGUGGCACGACGGCCCGCUGGUCCAGGCCAUGAAGCAGGGAGGAGUGUUCCUAUUGGACGAGAUCUCCCUCGCAGACGACUCGGUGCUGGAGAGGCUCAACAGUGUCCUGGAGACGGAGCGCUCCCUGGUGCUGGCGGAGAAGGGCAGCGGGGACUCCAGCGACGUGGAGCUCAUCACGGCCGACCGCGCCUUCCGCAUGGUGGCCACCAUGAACCCCGGGGGCGACUUCGGCAAGAAGGAGCUGUCCCCGGCCCUCAGGAACCGCUUCACAGAGAUCUGGUGUCCCCAGAGCAACAGCCGGGCCGACCUGCUGCAGAUCGUCCAGCACAACCUGCGGGCCGGACUCUCCCUGGAAGGCGGGGACCUGGGCGAGCUGAUGCUGGACUUCAUCGACUGGCUGACCCGCCAGGACUUCGGGCGGCGCUGCAUCCUGAGCGUGCGGGACGUCCUGUCCUGGGUGCACUUCCUGAACACGGUGUGCGAGCGCGACGAGGACGGCUUCAUGACCAUGGGCGCGGCGGAGGACGACGAGGAGGUGGAGUGGGACCUGCGGCUCGACACGGUCACCGCCUUCAUCCACGCCGCCUGCCUGGUGUACGUGGACGGCCUGGGCUCAGGCACCACGGUGGGCUGUGCGGACCAGGCCGCUCUGGCGCGGCGGUCCUGCCUGGGCUUCCUGCGGCGGCGGCUGGGGAAGAUGAGCGCGCUGGACCAGGAGGCCCUGGACGCGCUGCGGGUCUACGACACCGGCCUGCCCCGGCAGCCCCAGUGGGGGGACGACUUCUUCGGCAUCGAGCCCUUCUACAUCGCCCUAGGUCCUCAGAGCGAGGGCCGCAGCCUGGCGGACUACGCCAUGGGGGCGGGCACCACGGCGGUCAACGCCCAGCGGCUCCUGAGGGCCCUGAAGCUGCAGCGGCCCGUGCUGCUGGAGGGCUCCCCCGGCGUGGGCAAGACCAGCCUGGUGGGGGCGCUGGCCCAGGCCUCAGGGAACCACCUGGUCCGGAUCAACCUGUCAGAGCAGACCGAUGUGACGGACCUGUUCGGGACGGACCUCCCAGUGGAGGGGGGGAAGGGGGGGGAGUUCGCCUGGAGGGACGGACCCCUGUUGGCCGCCUUGAAGGCCGGACACUGGAUCGUCCUGGACGAGCUGAACCUGGCCUCCCAGUCGGUCCUGGAGGGCCUGAACGCCUGCUUCGACCACCGUGCUGAGAUCUACAUCCCCGAGCUGGGGAUGAGCUUCCAGGUCCAGCACCACAAGACACGCAUCUUCGGCUGCCAGAACCCCUUCACCCAGGGGGGCGGGCGCAAGGGGCUGCCCAAGUCCUUCCUCAACCGCUUCACACAGGUGUUCGUGGACCAGCUGACCAGCGGAGACAUGGAGUUCAUCGGAGACGCCAUCUUCCCCAACAUCGACAAGGAGAUCAUCUCCAAGAUGGUGGAGUUCAGCCACACGCUGGUACAGGAAGUGAGCGUGGAGAGGAAGUGGGGUCAGAGAGGGGGCCCCUGGGAGUUCAACCUGCGCGACAUGUUCCGCUGGUGUCAGCUGAUGCAGGCCGACCAAUCGCCAGGCUUCUUCAACCCGGGGCAGCACGUGGGUCUGGUCUACGCCGACCGCAUGCGUUCCGAGGCCGACAAGGCACAGGUGCUGUGUGUGUUCAGGAAGGUGUUCGGGGCGGACUUCGAGCCGUACGCCCGGUCCAGAGAGUUCCACAUCACCCCCCUCAACCUGCAGGUGGGCUUCUCGGUCCUCCAGCGCAGCGGGGGGGCCCCGGCCACCCUGGACCCGCCCCUGUCCAUCACCCACCAGGCGCUGCGGCCCCUGGAGUCCCUGAUGAAGUGCGUGGAGAUGGGCUGGAUGUCGGUGCUGGUCGGGCCCACCGCCAGCGGCAAGACCAGCCUGGUGCGGCUGCUGGCCCUGCUCACCGGCCAUCGGCUGCGCGUCAUGGCCAUGAACAGCGCCAUGGACACCACCGAGCUGCUGGGCGGCUUCGAGCAGGUGGACAUCAUGCGGCCGUGGCAGCAGGUGCUGGAGAACGUGGACUACGUGGUUGCCAUGGUGACGCGGCGGGGCCUGAUGUCGCUGGACGUGGGCGUGCAGGACACGGAGUUCCUGCUGAAGACCUGGGGGCUGUUCCGCCGCUGGCUGAAGGAGGCGGGGCUGGAGCGCUCCGGGGGAGUGGUCACGGCGGAGGCCCUCAACAAGCUGGAGGUCAUCAUCCUGCUGCUGCAGAAGCUCAACACCAAGCUCAAGGUCUUCACAGACAUGUCCAAGCUGCAGAUGGAGUUCACGCUGCUGAAGGAGCGGCUGGCCCAGCUGGAGGACGGCUGGACCAACGGGGGCUUCGAGUGGCUAGACGGCAUGCUGGUGCAGGCGCUCACCGCCGGGGACUGGCUGCUCAUGGACAACGUCAACUUCUGCAGCCCGUCGGUGCUGGACCGCCUCAACGCUCUGCUGGAGCCAGGGGGCUGCCUGACCAUCAACGAGAGGGGCGUCAUCGACGGGACCACGCCCAAGGUCACACCCCACCCCAACUUCAGGUUGUUCCUCACCAUGGACCCGUCCCACGGGGAGAUCUCUCGGGCCAUGAGGAACCGGGGCGUGGAGAUCUACGUCCCGGGGGAGCACGAGGGCGUCUGCUGGGACCUGCUGGACAUCAAGAGCCUGCUGCACACGGCCGGGGUGGUGGGCGACUGCGUGUGCGACCUGCUGCUGGAGAUCCACAAGGGCAUCAAGACCGCCAUCUGGGACUCCCCGACCUCCUCGGUGGCCACGCUGCUCUCCGGCGCCGCCCUGCUGGGCAGCCAGCUGCAGCGCGGCGUGGACCUGCCCAGCGCCCUGCAGUACGCCUGCGGAGCCGCCUACUCCCUCUGCCAGCGCAGCCCGGCCAGCCAGAGGCUGGCCCAGCAGGUGAUCGAGCAGCACCUGGCCAUCCUGGACUCGGAGGACUGGGGGGCGGGGCUGCUGUGUGCGGGGGUGUGGCCCGACGGCUUCCCCUCGGCGCUCAGCUCCACGGAGGACGCCUGCUUCUCCGCCGUGCUCCGCGACGGACAGGUGCUCUCCUUCUGCCUCAACACCCUCAGCCUGCAGGGCAAACGGACGCGGCCGCUGAGCCUGAGCGACCUGCAGAGGGCGCUGCAGGGCGGGGCGGCGGGGGGCGGGGCCUUCGAGGGCCAGGUGUUCUGCGGGGGCGUGGUCGACCUGGAGGACGGCGACGCCCUGCGGCUCAUCCCCAGCGCCGUGCGGCUGCUCACGGAGCGCGCCUCGCACGGGGACUGGGCGCUGCGCUCCAACUGGCUCACGCACCUGGGGAAGCACUACAAACACGCCCCCGACCCCGCCCUGGUACAGGUGGAGGCGGGGAACCGCGCCCUGAAGGCGGUGUUCAGCAGCAAGCUGACGGCCAAGGGGCGGUCCCUGGCCGAGCUGCUGCAGCCUCACAGCACAGGUAGAGAAAUUUGUCUUGGGCAAUCGAGAGAGUGUGGUUUACACGAAUUAGAAAAAACGUACAGAAACACAGAAGACGAGUACCGCAUCCUGGUGGACAUGCGCUGGAACAAGCAGUACCUGGACAUCCUGGCCAACAAGUGUAACUUUGAGGAUGAGGAGCGCUACCUGGAGUUCCUGGAGGCACUCAACGCUGUGGCCAACAGGGUGGUCCUGUUGAUGGACCGGGAGGAGCGGUCGGUCAUCUGCACCUGCGCCAUCAGCCUCUCAGCCCAGAACUGUGCCCUGAGGAUCGCCACGGCCUUCAGUAAAGGCUCGGUGGACAUCGGCCACCUGCCCCACCCCGUCCUCAUGCACCUGCGGACGUUCUUCGACCUCUGGGACGUCUUCACGCUGCAGGCCAUCCAGACCGGACAGCCCUACAUCUCAGACCACAUCAUGUUCGAGAUCCUGCAGCAGCUGCAGUGGCGGGACCGGUUCUGGGACGUGUGCAACACGCUGGCGGCGGACUCCCAGGGCGUGUCGGUGCUGUCGCUGCACUGGCAGUGGAUCCACAAGCACCUCAUCCUGCGGCUGCCCCAGCUGCUGCUGGGGGACGGCCUGAACGACUUCCAGGGUCUCCAGGAGCUGAACACGGUGGCGGCCGCCAUCCAGACGGUCCUCUCCACGCCCGUCUCCAUGACGACCGCCCUGAAGGGCAUCCAGAAGAUCCUGGGCAAAGCGCUGCCGUUCAAGCUGGAGUCGGUGGCGGACUGUGCGUCGCGCCUGCGGGUGCUGAGUCAGGCGCUGGACGUGAGCGAGCUGCGGCUGGACGGGGGCGCCCCCCUGCGGAGGUGUGAGCUGACCCGCCUGCAGGGCGCCUCGCUGGGCCUGGACACCAAGGAAAGCCUGCUGGAAGCCUGGGGCCUGGUGCUGCUGGCCAACAACCAGCUGGAGGCCCAGAACACCGGGGUGCUGGAUAAGCUCCACUCCUGCGUGGAGAAGCAGUACCGCCUCAUGUCGUCCCACGGGCUCCUGGAGGCGCGGCCGGAGGAGCUGGGCCGAGGAGGAGGAGGAGGAGGAGGAGCAGCAGCAGAGGGAGGUGACGCCCCUCCCAGCAGGCAGCUCCUGCAGCAGCUCCAGAGGAGGGCCCAGCUCUGGCCUCUGAUGGAGGAGCUGGCCGUCCUCAACCAGCUGAGGCUGAGCACCGACCUGCUGCAGCUGGCCCUGACUCAGGGGGAGCCGGAGGUGGAGGAGGGCCUCCGUCAGGAGCUGUCCCGGCACCUGAGGUUCUGCCUGCAGUCCACGCCCAUGAACCUGAGCCAGCUGCAGCCGCUGUGGUUCCUGCUCACCAGCGACCGGCCUGCGGAGGAGCUGCAGUUCGUGUGGUGUGAGCUGCUCUCCGAGGCCCUGGCCGCGCUGUGGAACAGCAGCGUGACCUCCGACCCCGACCGCUGGCUCAAGUGGAACCCUCUGAGUGCCGAGGUCCGCGAGCCAAUCAAACCGCACCGGGCCGACACCGUGGGCCCGGCGGCGCUGAGCAAGGCGGUGUGGUCCAGGUGCAUGCUGGGAGUGCUGAGCUGCGGCGAGCCGCGGCCGGGCUGGGACCCGUCGUGCGCGGCGCUGCUAGGCUCCUCCCACGUGUCGCUGGGCGAGUGGCGGGAGCGGCUGCAGCAGCUGACGGACGCCAACGCCGUCCUCUGGGACAACAUGGCGCUGCCCGCGCUCGCCGAGUUCAGAGCGGGGGACCUGCGUCUCCAGGGGGUGCUCCUGCGCCGCCAGCUGCAGAGCAUGGCGGACCUGCUGCCCCCCCCGCUGCUGGAGGGCUACAUGGAGAGCUGCGAGGGGCUGGUCCAGGAGGACCGGGACCCCCGCGGGCCCGCCCGGGACCUCCAGGCCGCCCUGCAGGACGCCCUGCCCCGCAGCCUGCUGCCCGAGGGCGUGGCCGAGGCCUGCCUGGCCUGCCUGGACCAGUACCUGCAGAGCCGGACCGGGGGGCCGGACCACACGGUCCAGUCCGGGGUCUUCUGGGUCAACAUGGGCCUGCUGCAGAUCCGGGUCUGGACCCCCCAGACCAUCUUCGACCCGGCCGUGAAGAGGGCGUACAAGCUGAACUACGCCCAGGAGGAGCUGGCCUUGCUGCAGGAGGAGUGGCGUGGGCGGAGUCUGUCCUCCCAGCUGCUGACAGGGGGGGCUCUGGAGGAGAGCAGCACCACCGACGGUUUCCAGCACCCCCGCAUCAGGUACCUGUGGAUCCGCAUGCAGCAGGUGAAGGAGCAGAUCGGCGAGCUGAGCAGGAAGCAGGCGUGCCGUCCCCGCGAGCCGCAGUACGGCCGUCUCUUCCAGGACCUGCAGCACUACCUGUGCAGCAUCGGGCAGCCCGCCGCCAUCCAGACGCUGCUGGGCCGCCUCCUGAAGGCGGCGGCCAGCCCCGCCCCGGGGCGCGGCCGGCCGGGGUCGGCGGGGCUGCUGAAGGAGGAGGCGGUGUGGCAGAGCUCCCAGCGCCGCUUCGCCCAGCGGCUGCAGGAGGAGUACCCGCUGUACCCCGACGUGGUCGCCCCGCUGCGCUCCGGCAUCCAGGCGCUGCGCCACGGCAUGCGGCUGCUGGCGGCGCAGGUGGCGGCGGCGGCGGCGGCGGGCGUGGCCCCGGGCCUGCGCACGCUGACCGGCGCCCUGCUGGCCUUCCCCUCCGCCUCGGCCCGCCUGCCCACCUACCUGGCGCGCGCCGACUUCCUGUGCUCGCGGGCGUGCCUGGACGUGCUCCGGGCGCUGAACAAGCUCCUCCCCCCGCCGAGGGAGGGGGUCCCGGCGGAGCGCGUGGUCCCGGCCCCCAGCACGUUGCUGCUCAACGCGCUGCUGUACGUGCAGUGCCACGCCCUGACCACCGGGGGGCUGGAGCCCGAGACCCUGGCCCUGUUCAGACACAUCUGCCAGGCGCUGGUGAACGCGUGGGACGAGGAGGAGUCCCGGAAGCGGCAGAGGGAGAAGGAGGAGACGAACCUGUACCGCAACCGCAGCCGCAUGCACGGAGACGGCCUCACGGAGGAGGAGCAGGAGGAGAAGGACUUCAGACGCAGCUUCCCCCGCUUCCACAAGGACUUUGCAGAUAUCACAUCGCAGCCCACCCUGGAAGCCCCCCCGGACACAGAAGAGGAGGAACAGGAGAUGGCCAACGACGAGGCGUCGGAUGACGACAUCCUGACGCCGGCGGCCAUGAACACGGUGGUACAGGUGCACCAGCGCCUGUGUCUGGGCUUCGCUCAGUCGCUAUGGUACCAGAGCCCGCCGCCGGCCAAUCACAGCAAGGACCACAUCACGGCGCUGGUCUCCUCCCAUCAGAUCGCUGCCCCUGUGAUGUCACGCUUCUACCAUCUGAUAGACUCUGAGAUGGACCAGCAGGUCACCGGCAGUCAGCUGAUCCUGGGCUCGGUGCUGCAGCACUCGGUGCUGGGCUCCGAGGGUCCGGGCGGGCUGACGGUGCAGACGGACGGGCCCUACGACUUCUACCAGCAGCCCAACAUGAGCCAGGCCCGGGCCUGCCUGCCCGCCAUGGAGCAGCUCAGGACCGCCGUGCACCAGCGGCUGGAGGAGUGGCCUGAGCACCCGGCCCUGCUGCAGCUGCUGGUGGUGAUGGACAGGAUCCUGUCCUUCAGUCUGGCCAGCCCGCUGGCCAAGUUCCUCAACGGCAUGGAGAUCCUGCUCAGCAAAGCUCAGGACUGGGAGAACAACGCCAGCCGCGCUCUCUCCCUGAGGAAGGAGCUGGAGCUCGUCACCCAGAUCAUCAUCCAGUGGCGCAAGCUGGAGCUCAGCUGCUGGUCCAACAGCCUGGACAACGCCCUGCGGCGCCACACGGAGCGCUCCACCCGGCACUGGUUCUCCAUCUACCAGCUGAUGGAGCGGUACCUGGAGGAGCAGAGCAACCCGCUGGAGACAGAAGAGGGCGAUGAAGAGGAGGAAGUGGUGGAGCGUCUGACCCUGGCCUCCAUCACCUCCACCCUGCAGGCCUUCAUAGAGAGCUCCUCUCUGGGCCAGUUCUCCACCCGGCUGGCCAUGCUGCUCAGCUUCCACUGCCACCUGCUGCUGCUGCCAGAACAGCCCGGAAAAGAGCCGGUGACCAGCCUGCUGUGGAACCUCCACACCUACUACCUCCAGUUCUCCGUGGGCAUCCAGGCCAAGGUCGCCCACAUCAGGACGCCCAUCGAGAAGGAGCUGAAGGACUUUGUGAAGAUCUCCAGGUGGAACGACGUCAGCUUCUGGUCCAUCAAACAGUCUGUGGAGAAGACCCACAGGACUCUGUUCAAGUUUGUGAAGAAGCUGGAGGAGGCGCUGAGCGCGCCGUGUGCGCCCUCUCUGGUGGAGGAGGGGAGCGGCGCCCAGCUGGACAGCGUGGACGACAACCCCGAGCAGACGCCCAUCCAGCGCGUCCACCUGGCCCUGAAGAGCGCCCUCCCUGGCCGGGGCCGGGAACUGCAGACGGAGGCGCCGGAGGAGGAAGGGUCCUCGCUCCAAGCCCGCCUCCCCGUCCUCACCAGGAAGAUGAGGAAGAUGUGUGUCCAACUGGUGAAGAAGAACCCGGUCCCGGAGCUCGCUGAAGACCUGGACAUCUUCACCGGUGAGAUCAUCAGCAACCUGCGCGACCUGCAGGGCCUGGUGGUGGACGCCUCAGCCGAGAAGGAGAAGCAGCAGUCGGAGGUGAAGCACAUCCUGCAGCAGAAGCAGAGGGCGCUGUCCGACCUCUUCAAGAUGCUCCGAGAUAUAGGUCUGUCGUACCGUAAGGGCCUGACCUGGAGCCGCGCCGUGGGCCCCGAGAACACGCUGUGCAUGGCCCCCCUGGAGAUGAGCACUGUCCUCAACAAGGUCCUCAGCCCCGCCCACGCCCAGGGGCCGGCGGAGAAGACGCUGUUCUCGGAGCUGUCGUCCGCGUGGGACGGCUGUCAGACGUACUACUUCAGGUCGUGGGCCCGGAGGAGCGCCCUGCAGACCGCCCUGCAGACCGCCGCCAAGGAGCUGGGUCUGGGGAACAUGGACCGCUGUAAGGGCUUCUCCUCCCACCUCUUCAAGCUGCUGCUAAGGCAGAGAGGACGCCUGGCCUCCCUCACCCAGCACUGGGUGACCCUCAGGAGGCUAACAGCUAGCAUCCAGGGCCUCCGCCAGAGCCUCCAGACGCCCCACCCAGAGGCGGAGCAGCAGGAGGAGCAGGUGGAGGAGGUGGAGGUGGAUGCGGCGGCAUGCGGGCCCCUGCCGCCCCAGGAGCCCCUGGGGGCCUGGUUGCGGCGCGGGGGGGCCCUGGCCUCCCAGACCGGCCUGCUGCUGCAGCAGCUGCUCUGGCUGCUGCACUGCUGCCCGGAGGACCUCCAGAACACGGAGACCCCCGGCCUGGGCCCCCCCACGCCCCGCUGCCUCACCCCGCUGGCGGACCACCGGCAGCCCGCCGGCUGCCUGAUGCGGCGGGGGGACGCGGCCUGGCUGAAGGCCAGCAGCUCCGUGGAGGAGCUGCUGGAGGAGACCCGCGAGCUGGGGGCGCAGCUGGACGGCGUGGAGCGGGAGACGGCGCCGGGAACGCUGCACAGCUGGACCCACUUCGCGGCAGUCCGGUCCGGUCUGGAGCGUCUGGGCGCCGUGGCGACCCGGAUGGGCGAGGUGGAGCAGCUGUUCUCCCCGGCGGUGUGCGUGGGCGGAGCCGACAGCCGGCCCGCCAUCGCCCAGAGCCUCCGCUACCUGAGGGCGGAGCUAGACGUCUGCGUAGGGGAGUGGACCGCCUGGAAGGGCCGGACGCUCGCUGCCCCAGGACCCGGGACCACGGGUCCUGAAGCGGUCUUCAGCGCCGGGUUCUCCUCAGAGGUGGAGCAGACCAUCACCAGGAUCCUGUGUGCCGUCCAGGCUCUGGUGAAGAGGAGGGAGCAGCGCCAGGACAAACCCAAGGAGCCUAAGAGAGAGAGCGACGAAGAGGACGGAGCGAAGGAGGAGGAGGAGGAGGAGCCUCAAGAGGACCUCCUGAAGGCCGGACACCUGACCCGCCUCCUGGAGGAGGACUUGUCUGCGGAGGUGGACGCCCUCUCCCUAGGGGGCGUCAGCGGGGACCUCAGCAGCCUGCUGGGCAGACUGAGGACCCAGCGGGACGCCUGCCAGCCCCAGCAGCUCCAGGAGCUGAGCGAGGCCUGCGGGUCCCUGCUGCGUCUGGAGCCCAUGCUGGGGGUCUACUCGGACCUGGUCCGCUACUACGUGGCGGUGUCGCUGGGGGCCCACCGCAGCACCGGCAAGCUGCUCUCCGUCCUGGCUAGCAUCUUCACCGAGCUAGCCCAGAAGGGCUUCUGUCUGCCCCAGGAGCUGAUGGGGGGAGAGGGAGAAGGAUCCACAGACUUCCACGACUACGAGGGUGGAGGCAUCGGAGAGGGCGAGGGAGCCAAAGACGUUAGCGACAAGAUCGAGAAUGAAGACCAGGUCGAGGACACCUUCCAGGAGGGCCAGGAGAAGGAGGAGCAGCCGGAGGAGAAGGGAGACAUCAAGGCGGAGGACGACGCCAUCGAGAUGACGGACGACUUCGACGGCCAAAUGCACGACGGAGACGGGGAGGAGAAAGACGAUGAAGACGAUUCGGACAAGGAGGAGGAGGAGGAGCUGGAUAAGAAGAUGGGGGACCUGGGGGAGGGUCAGACCGAGACGCUGGACGAGAGGAUGUGGGGCGACGAGGACGACGAGGAGGGCGACCAGGACGGGAGUGACAAAGAGGACGAGUUCGGCCAGGGAAUGGACCAGACGGAGUCUGAACUGGUGGCCAAAGACGACAACCAGGACGCGGCGGAGAACAAGAAGGAGAACCAGAAGAACGAGGAUCAGGAGGAGCAGAUGGACCAGGAGGAGAAGGAGAAGAUCCACGAACAAGGAGACGAGCGGGAGUUUGACGAGAACGAGGUGGACCCGUUCCACGGGAAGCAGGACAAGAAGCCGGAGCCUGAGGCCAUGGACCUCCCAGAAGAGUUGAACCUGGACCAGCAAGACCCCCAGGACGGGGACGAAGACGAGGAGGGAGACGAAGAGAACCCGCUAGACAUCGAGGAGCAGCCCAUGACCCUGGACGAGAAGGAGGGCGGGGACAAGGAGGGGGAGGAGGAGACGGACGACCAGCCCGACCAAUCAGCAGAGGAGAACGGUCAGGAGGCCAAGGCUGAGGAGGAGGAGGGGAAGGAGGGAGGCGAGGAGAAAAUGGACGAGGAGAAAGCAGACCAGGUCAAGAACGAAGAGGAAGAGGCGGCGGCGGAGGAGGAGGAGAAGGAGAACGGGCAGGAGGCCGGGAAAGAGGAGGAUCUGGCCGUCCCCAACGACAGAGGACAGGACCCCAAGGAGGAGGAGCCGGAGAAGGAGGAGGGAGCGGACGACCAGGAGCAGCCGGAGUUUGAGGAGAGGAAGGAGCACAACGCCGACGGGCAGACCAGCGAGCAGAACGUCCAGAGCGAGACGGCGGUGGAGCUGGCCGGGGAGGCGUCGGAGCGCGACCAGGCCAAGGAGGAACAUGGGUGUGGAGCAGCCGACGCGAGCCAAUCAGAGGGACACCAGUCCAAACUCACUGCCCGGAUGGCGUCUCAGAAACGGACCCAAAACAAGACCCAGAGCUUCAAGAGGAAGCCGGGGCAGGCGGACAACGAGCGGUCGACGGGCGACGAGAACGAGCGCGUCAACAAGCGGCUGCGGACCGUGGAGAACUCUGAGGACCGCGCCGAGGACCGGCGGAACCCCGAGGCCCGGCAGGAGUCGGACCUGUACGAGCACGUGAAGCAGGGCGAGGCCGACUACGACACGCAGACCUACGACGUGGCGAGCGCCGAGCAGCAGAAACCCGCCGGCCCUCAGCAGGACCAGGACCGCGAGGAGGAGGAGGACGUCGCCAUGGAUACGGAGGAGCAGGAGGAGCAGCUGAAGGCCUCAGAAGACCAGGAGCUGAAGCCGGAGCAGCUGGACUCCACCAAGAGCUCCAAGAAGGGGCUGGACAGCGGGGAGGUGGAGCUGAAGAGGAGGCAGGAGGAGGAGGGAGAGGAGGAGAUGAAGGACGGGAGAGAUGAGGAGGAGGAGGAGCAGCGCGAACGCACCACCGAGUCCACCAUCCACACCGCCCCGGAGCUGCUGAUGGAGAUCACAGAGAAACGGCAGGAGGACCCCGAGGAGGUGCGGAGGGAGAUGGAGCUGCAGCUGGAGGCGUGGCAGCGACGGGCCCCGGGGCCCCAAGAAGAGGAGCGUGCGGCGGCCUCCAUGUGGCACCAGUACCAGACCCUGACCUCCGGUCUGGCCCAGCAGCUCUGUGAGCAGCUCCGCAUGAUCCUGGAGCCCACCCAGGCCGCCAAGCUCAAGGGGGACUACCGGACCGGUAAGCGUCUGAACAUGAGGAAGGUCAUCCCUUACAUCGCCAGUCAGUUCCGCAAGGACAAGAUCUGGCUCCGGAGAACCAAGCCCAGCAAGAGGGAGUACCAGAUCUGCCUGGCCAUCGACGACUCCUCCAGCAUGGUGGACAACCACUCCAAACAGCUGGCGUUUGAGUCGCUGUCGGUCAUCAUCAACGCCCUGACCCUGCUGGAGGUCGGCCAGGUGUCGGUGUGCAGCUUCGGGGAGACGGUGCAGCUCCUCCACCCGUUCCAGCAGCAGUUCAGCGACGAGUCCGGAGCCCGGAUCCUCCGCCUCUGCCAGUUCAAGCAGAAGAAGACCCGCAUCGCCCAGUUCCUGGAGAGUUCCGCCAAAAUGUUUGUGGGCGCCCGGCAACACGGCCCGGGAAUCACCAACUCAGAGACGGCCCAGCUGCUGAUCAUCGUGUCUGACGGGCGCGGCCUCUUCCUGGAGGGGAAGGAACGGGUGACCAGCGCCGUGCAGGCCGCCCGGGGGGCCAACGUCUUCGUCAUCUUCGUCGUGCUCGACAACCCCAACUCCAGGGACUCCAUCCUGGACAUCAAGGUGCCCAUCUUCAAGGGCCCGGGGGAGCUGCCGGAGAUCCGCUCCUACAUGGAGGAGUUCCCCUUCCCCUUCUACGUCAUCCUCCGGGACGUCAACGCGCUGCCCGAGACGCUCAGCGACGCGCUGCGCCAGUGGUUCGAGCUCGUCACCGCCACCGACCAGUAGACCAAUCAGAAGGCAGAGGGAGGAGCCGGGAGGGGCGGGAAACCAACUGCACAACCGUCCCCGGACGACAAACUACCGACAGAUAACACGGACGCAGACGAAACGAGAGGGACUCUGGGCUCGGGAAAAAGACGGAUUUACCGCUGUACAUGUGCCUUUAUUUUUUAUUAUAAUUUUGACUGAUUCUAUUAGACCGUAGAGUUUGUUAGCGACCUUUGCUGUGCUGUCCUUGUCUUCGGGGGAAAUCCCGAAGUUUCUUUUGUAGAAAAAGAAAAGAGAAAAAAAAAGCCAGGAUUGCUUGAACUUGCACGUCCCGAUGAAACGAGGGAGACGUCGGUUCUCCGGCGUGUGUCUGUGAAUACCUCCGUUCCUCUUGUACCAUGACCCCCCCCCCCCCAUACCCACCAUGACCCCCCCCCCGUACCCAACAUGACCCCCCCCCCCCCCCGCGCACCCCCGCCGCCAGCGGUGUGGACCAGUCAGUGUUAGCGCCGCCAUCGAGCCACUCCCCCUCAUCCUGAACAGCUGGCGUACGGCCGGCAGUGAGCGUGGUUUUAAACGUCGGAGGCAGACCGUAAGGUGUCGAGAAAGGUAGCAUGUUAAUAUCGGGUCUUCACGGACCAACAGGAACUCUGAAACGGCGUGCCUUCGCAAAAAGGAACCCCGUCCACCAACUGUCCACGCACAUUGAUCUGUGGAGUUCAGCAUUUUUAGAAAGGCGGUUCUGAUGCACUUUGAAGCACAGGGGCGCGGACUUCACUUUUGAUAUGAACUCUUUAACCGGUUUUAGGCGGUGGUUUUAGCUCCACAUAUCUGCUGUUGCCGUCGGACGACCGACCGGUGUGAGACUCCGGUACGACGGCUCGGAGCUCCCCGCCGUCGUCGGUUCGGUUUAAAAUGUGUUUUCAGUGUGCGUUGAGAAAUGUUUGAUCACACGUGUGUUUUGUAACGUGGACAUUACAUGUAUGGAUAUGUCUGUUAUAUUUAUCAGGUCGUUUCUUCAUGCCCACCCAACUAAUAAACCAUGCCAUGGCACGUUUGAACGUGAAAAUACA